UGAAUCAAUGUGUGGAAUUAAAAAAGGAAGUCAUAAUGCAGAGUUAUUGGCUCAGACUGAUGUUAUAAUCUGGGAUGAAGCCCCCAUGAAUGACCGUAGAUGCUUUGAUACGUUAGACAGAAGUCUCAGAGAUAUUCUUGAUGCUCCAAAUAUUUUCUUUGGCGGGAAGUCAGUUAUGUUGGGUGGAGAUUUUAGGCAGACGUUACCUGUAAAGAAAGGAGCAUCUAAAAUGCGGAUAAUAGACGCAUCUAUUGCUCGGUCGGAGUUUUGGUCACAUUUCAGAAUUUGCACACUGAAGAAAAACAUGAGACUCUUGCAAACAGAGUUAAAGGAAGAGGACGAGAAAAGCGAUACAUUCUCUUCUUGGCUUCUGGAUGUCGGAAACGGGAAGAUUGGUGAGCCGGACCAAUUAGAUCCACAUAAUACAUCAUGGAUCAAAAUCCCGGAUGAAUAUUGCAUUGGAGAUGACGAUGAUAAUGGAAUAUCAGAACUCAUCAAAUUCAUAUAUGACGAGAAAACGCUACAACAACCAACUGCUCAACAGCUACAACAGAAAGUAAUACUCUGCCCAAAAAAUGCGACCGCCGACCUCAUAAAUCUGAAGGUUUUAUCAAUGGUGAAGGGUUCGUCCAUAACUUAUGUAAGCUCAGAUGAAGCAACUCCCUUUGGAAAUGAUGGAGGUGAAACAGAAAUGUUAUAUCCCGUUGAAUAUCUAAACACACUCAACUUUCCAGGUUUGCCACCUCAUCAACUUGAGCUCAAAAUCGGAGCACCGAUCAUGCUUUUGAGAAAUCUCAACUUGGUUAGUUGAUUGUGCAAUGGCACGAGGAUGAUAAUCACACAAUUAUUGUCGAAAGUCAUUGAGGCACAAAUUAUUACAGGAAUGAGAGUGGGAGAAAAGGUAUUCAUCCCAAGAAUCAAUGUGAUCAACAAUGAUAGGAACCUGCCAUUCGUCUUCAAGAGGAAGCAAUUUCCAGUCAAAGUUUGUUAUGCUAUGACUAUAAACAAGAGCCAAGGACAAUCUCUGAAUAAAGUAGGGAUAUACUUGGGCACGGGCAGUUAUAUGUGGCGUUAUCUAGAGCAACCUCACCUUCUGGCUUAAAAGUACUGAUCAAACAACAAGAAGGCCAGCUACAAAAUGUAACCAAAAAUAUAGUCUACAAAGAUUUCUUAAUGAAUAUAGACACAUCCAGGAUGGCAAUAGUGAGCGUUGUUAUCUGAAGGACACUCUGCUGCCUACUAUUUUGGACUGAACGUUCAUGUAGGCUGAUAUGGGUUCUAGCGACAUACAUCACUUUGACCAACACAUGGAGUCUGGUGUAUCUGAAAUUCUGACCUUGGACAAAACAAGACUCAAUAACAAACGCUACCUUAUCUGACAAGUCUUAAAGCAUAUGGUCGAAGCUUUUAAGGGGCCACCCCCUCCUUUUUUUCGUUCAAUAAUGUAGUUUUAUCCGUAAUUUGUUCGCUUUUUUUUCUUAGUGUUAUUUCCGAGUCCUGUAAUUUUGGGUUCCCCCCUUGAUUAUUUUUCAUAGUGCUAUUCCUACCCCCACUCUUCAUCUCAAUUUCCGGCCACUACCAUAUUCAGGUGAUUACAAUGCACAAACAUGUAGUAGGAAGUCAAACAAAUGUACUUUGGAGGAGCUAAGGGGACUCUGAUUAAGAAAUCCAAAGGGGGGUGCACAAACAAGAGCUUCAGUUGCAACAAGACGAUGAUCAACUGUGAGAAAGAUGACCCCAAACAAACAUAUUUCCAUAUGGAAUGUCAUUGUUGUGUUGCAUUAUGUGACUCCUCUAAUUCUUCAAACAGCCUAUAUAUAUAUAUAUACAUACAUAUGACCAUGUCAAGAGCUACCAUAAGCUUUACUACUUCAUUAGCCUAAGAUAUCCCCUCUUUCUUCCAUAAAAGAAUGAAGAGUCAUCGAUCUUCAUCCUUAACGAUAACGCACAUCCAAGAACCUUGAAGAGCUUUCAGUGUAUAGGACCUUUAUAAAAAAAUGU